GCGGAUUCGCGGCUGGUCAAGAGAGACAAACGAUGCAGACGCGCGUCCUUCGCUCCGCCUUGCGCCACGUGGCGCCUCUUGCGCGGUCCGUGGCGCCGCUGCACAGGCGAGCACUCUCUCUUUCCGCGCAAGCAAGCAAGGCCCCGGCGCUGCACCAGCUGCAAGGCGAAGCUGCUGCCUUUGCGGCCGUCGAGCCGCCGUCGAUCAAGGCCUACUGCAAGAUUUGGCGCGACGCGGACGCGGUGGCGUCGGCCGAGAUGGCGCGUCUCUUUCACGCACAGCGCUAUGAGGAUGUGAUCGUGGCAUACGUGGAGAUGCACCCGCGCAAGCGCUGCCUCGACAACGCAGGUCUCCAUGCGCUGCUCGGCGCCCUCAACCGCCUUGGCCGCUACGACGAAGUCGCCCUGUACUUUCGCGCGCUCAAGCGUGAGUACAAGGCGGAGCUGUGGUGCGAAGCUCGGCGGGACGUUGUGCUCGAAGGUCUGUAUGCGUACACGAUGCUCAAGCGCGGCCAGAAGGCGCUGAACGUGCUGCAGCACUGCGUCGGCCGCGUGCACCUCGACGCGCAUCACUUCCGGAAUGCGCUGGCGUGCAAUGCGACGCCGCCUGAAAGCAAACGCCAUCCGUGGUUUCUGGCGCCAUCCAUCGAGCACGCGGUCGCGUCGGCCAAGCUCAUGACCGACCACGGCUACUUCGUGCCACCGGCGCUCUGGUCGCAGCUCAUUGAAAGCUGCUUGAUGCUCGAACGCUUCGACGACGCGUCCGAUCUUUUGAUGGCGUAUGCCAACGCGUCGCUCAUCUUGCCGCUCUCGACGCUGGUGUCCACGCUAUUGCUGCCAGUGCGCUUCCACGCGCCCAGCCUCGCCACCAAAGCAGCGCUUGCGUACAUUGCGCACCCGUCGUUGGCGACCGCGCUCCCGUCCCUCUUCGAUUCGGUGCUCACGCCGCUGCUCCAAAACCCCGAGACGUCGUUCGCUGACGUCGAGUCGCUCGUACAAGCCAUGCAAGCGCACGGCAUCUGCAUGCGCCCUUCGAUCUUGAAGCCGCUAUACGUGCCCUUCCUCGUGCGGACGCUGCCCGCGGAUGCGUUCUUGGCCCACGUGGCGAGCGUCCCCAACGUCCUCCGAGUCUCGGACUUCGUCUUUGGCGCGGCGUUUUACUCGUACGCGCAGCAGAAAGACGCUUCGUCGUGCGCGCACUUGAUCGACUAUGCGAUCGAGCACGACAUGGAGCUCACGUGGAAGGCGGUCGAGACGAUGCUCAAGCUGCACCUCGAAGUCCGGUCGCUCGACGCGGCGUACGAGCUCGCGCAGCUCGCGUUUGCCGGCAAGUCGGCACAGGACGUGGCCGACGCGCCGCGCCCCGUCUUCCGCAUGGUCGUCGAAACCGCGAUUACGCUCGGGCAUUAUGAAGACGCGGUUGUCUUUUGCGACAAGUAUUUGCCCGCGUCCGGCGACGAGCUUACCGCGACGAUGCGUCUCGUGCGCGACGUGGCCCAGCGCCUCGUCGAGAGCGACCGAUCGACGGCCUAAGACACGACCCAGACUAGAUAAGAACAGAAGAAGCAUGUGCGUUGUAUCCGCGACAGAGAAUAGU